CUUCGCAUUUAGCUUCACGUAAAUCCAGCCACCUAAACUUCAUUUGUCAUCCCCCAGCGCCCUUAGCUUUUGGAGAACUAUAUCAAUGUCUUACUCCACCCCAACUGCGAUCAUUGUUGCCCUGGGAGCAUUUCUCCUCUAUCGCUUCCUUCUAUACCCUCUCGUCGUCUCCCCCCUUCGGCACAUCCCUGCCGCCAAUUUCAUCUCCCGUUUCAGUCCCUUCUGGAUUCUUUACCAUCGUCGCAAUGGGCGCCAGGCAGUCUCUCCAAUCACGCACGCCCACACUAAAAAUGGAACCGUUAUUCUUGUCUCCCCCACCGAAGUCAGUGUCUCCUCCUUAGAAGGCGUCAAAAAGGUGUAUGUCGAGAAAGGCGGAUUUGGCAAGCCGAAAUGGUGGGCUGAAUUAUUUCUCACUUACGGUGACGAGUUCCGGAAUAUGUCGAGCAUGAUUGGCGGGAUAGGGGAUAAGCACCAUAGGACGAGAAAGGCGGAUAUCGGGAAUGUGUAUUCCAAGACGUAUUUGUUGGGGAGUGCGGAGGUAAAGAUGGUUGCUGAGCGAAUUGUUCAGACCAGACUGUUUCCUGCUCUUGAGGAGGCUGUGAGAGAAAGAGAAGGCAUUUUGGAGGUCUAUGACUUCAAUGGCGCCAUGAAUGCGGAUUUGGGGAGUGGGUUGAUCUUUGGGGAAGAUGGGGGGACGCAUUUCAUGAAGGAUAUCUCGUCGAGGGACGGUUACUUCACGAAUCAUGCUACCUGGCUUAAAGAUAGACCCGGAGCACAGGAGGCCAAGCAUUGGAUGGAAAAGUUCGGCCUGGAGAGAAGUGCUGCGGCUGAACGCCAGGUUCUGGAUGAUGAAGAGAAGCGUGGUCGAGGAGAAGAGAGGGGAAAGUUGUAUCCAGUUGUGUACGCACAGCUUCGCAGUCGGGGACUAAAGGGCAAGCAACUAGCAAGCGAAACUUUGGACCAUUUCCUCGCCGGUGCCGAAGGCCCGAGGACGACAGUGACCUAUGUGCAAUGGAUGCUGUCAAAACGUUUAGACAUACAAGCUCGCCUCCGAAAGGAACUCUCGGCCGUGUCGUUCCAACCCUCGUCAAACACAAGUCUUAGCAACAGCAUCCCUGAGUUCAAAACCCUUGACGCCCUCCCUCUUCUCGAUGCCAUCAUCACAGAGACCCUCCGCAUUUACCCGCCCACACCAGGGCCAAUGUUCCGCAUCACACCGCCAGGUGGAACUACCAUCGAUGGUUAUUUCAUUCCCGGAAACGUGCAGAUUAGCACCUGGGUCUCCGUUCUCCACCACAAUCCCGAUGUGUUUCCGAGAGCGGAUGAAUGGGAGCCAGAUAGAUGGAUGAGCAAAAGUGAGAAGGAUGACACAAGGGUAAAUGAAAUGAGACGUUGGAUGUUCCCGUUCGGCGGUGGAAGUCGAAUGUGUGUCGGCAAGGAGUUCGCUUUGUUAACGAUGAAAUUGACUCUCGCAGCAAUGUACUCCAGAUACGAGACUUCUAUCGUGGAAGACGAUGGCAUGGAACAGGAGGAUUUGUUCUUGGCUGGGCCGGUGGGGGAGAAAUUGGUUCUCAAAUUUCAACCUCUGAAGUAGCCCUAGAGACAUCUGGCAUCUGACAUCCAAUAUUCAAGGCCCACCAAACCUA